AUGUCCACUAUCAAGAACGUGUUAGUCGUUGGAGCCAGUGGAAACGUUGGCAGAUCAACAAUCAAGGGUCUGCUGGAAGAAAACUUCCAGGUCACUGGGUUGACCCGAGAGUCGUCUUCAGCUACCUUUCCAGAAGGCGUGAGACACCUGAAGACCGAUUUCUCCGAGGCAUCUCUUAUUGAAGCUUUCGGAAAUCAGGAUGCCGUCAUCAGCACUGUCUCCAGCAUCCAAUCCGACGGCGCUUUGGGACUUCAAAAAACCCUGAUUGACGCAGCCAUCGCGGCGGGAGUCAAGGUCUUCGUGCCCUCCGAGUACGGGAUCGACACCGCGGACGUCACUGCGCCGCAGUACAUUCCGUUUCUCUCCGAAAAGAUCGAGACGGUCAGAUACCUCAAGGAACGGCAAGACAAGAUCUCGUGGACGGCACUAAUCACGGGGUCCAUGUUCGACUGGGGAUUGAACAUACCAGGCUUCGGGGGCUGGGACGUGGCCGCCCGGACUGUCACAAUCUUUGACGGCGGCGACAUCCCGUUUGAGGCCACGAACCUGGAUCAGGCUGGCAGGGCCAUCGCCAAGAGCUUAAGAAAAUCCGAUCUUACACGAAAUCAAUACGUCUACGUCAACAGCUUUACUGUCACGCAGAACGAGGUUCUGAGGGCACUAGAGAAGGCCACGGGCGAUAAGUUUACGGUGUCACAGGGCUCUGUAGAAGAGCUGUGGCGGAGGGGAGCUAUGGAAUUGGAACGGGGCCAGCCAUUCGGCACGCUGGCCAUGAUUGCCGGGGCCAUAUACGGCAAAGGGGGGUUGGCACAUUUCUCGGCUAACAAGGGACUUUGGAAUGAGAGGCUGGCUUUACAACAAGAGGACCUGAAUGAGUUCAUUGGCAACUAUGUAGGAGAGAAGUAA